ACAGUAACAUUAUAUCCAACAGUUCGUGCGGUGCGACACACACAAGACGCGUCCAUACAGCCUUUGUGCAUUGGUGUCUGCUUUUCAGGUACUCUUCCGAGGCACCUUGUUCACAGCGUUGUUCCGAUCCAAAUUUCCGUUUCAAUUGCAGAGGAGUAUAGCUCAUUCACAACACCGGUCAUAGAGUCUCUUGCUUUGGACGGCUAUCCUACCAGUGAGGGUUCCAUAUCCGAAAACGUUGCUGCUGUGAGUGAUAGCGGACACGAACUAGAGCCUUACAACCGGCAUGUCGACAUACCCAUAACAUUCCUCCCUUUGCCGUCCGAUUUCAACCCCACGGAUUCUUGCCAUUGGUCAAGGUUGUUAGAGCAGAUCCAGCGCUGGCUGGUUAACAUACCGUCGGAUUCACAACAUUGGACGUGGGGCCGCGACGCAUUCUGGUACGCUUUUGUAGCUACUUACCCAGACUUCCCAAGUGGAAGUUGGUUGACGUGGGACGCGAGAAUUCCCCUCCAGGGCCGGUUCAUUGAACAGUGGCUUGAGGAC